UUGUUUGACAGAGAGGCGUGCGAAGAAUACGCAGGGGAAGUGGAAAAAUUAUCCUUCAAGCUGAUGGAACUUAUUGCCUUGAGCUUAGGCUUGCCGGCAGAUUCUUUUAAUGGCUUCUUCAAGGAUCAAACCAGCUUCGUUAGGCUUAACCACUAUCCACCUUGCCCUGCUCCGGAACUAGCUCUUGGCCUUGGCCGGCACAAGGAUGCCGGUGGCUUAACCGUCCUCGCUCAAGAUGACGUCGGAGGGUUGGAAGUGAAGCGGAAAUCAGACGGAGAGUGGAUCCGAGUUAAGCCUACUCCGAAUGCAUUUAUCAUUAAUGUUGGUGACAUAAUACAGGUUUGGAGCAAUGAAAGAUAUGAGAGCGUGGAGCAUAGGGUGAUGGUGAAUUCGGAGAAGGAAAGGUUUUCGAUCCCCUUCUUCUUUAACCCGGCUCAUUACACCAUGAUUAAGCCCUUGGAAGAACUGACACGUGAAGAAAAUCCAGCCAGAUACAGGCCUUACAACUGGGGAAAUUUUCUUGUGACAAGGAAAGGAAGUAAUUUCAAGAAGCUUGAUGUCGAGAACAUCCAAAUCUACCAUUUCAGGAUAUCGGAAUCCGAGUUGGCCAACCGCCUAGAAAAAGCAGAAUCUGUGGCAUAGAUAAGAUGCAGUAUCUUAGCUAUUUAAUUGCAUGUAAUUAAUAAUUAUAAGUAUAUUGC